AUGCCUCCCCGGCUCAAUCUCUUCACAGCACGAAACGCUGUUUCCAUCCUCCGCCAACCGUACUCGUCCUCGUUUGCCGCUUCUUCGCAGAAAAAUGGCGCUUCGUCCGUCAGGUGUCAGCAUGUUAUAUCCUCUAGCCUGGGUGUGAGGGCCAGUCCAACCUCCGCACAUCUGCAGCGGAGGAUGAACUCGUCCAUUUCGGGCGGGAAAGGCAAAGCAGAACUCCCGGAAGAGCCAGUGCAGCCAAGGGGCCCGAACCAGGACCAAUUGCCUCAUGUGAGUGAGGAGGCUGCCGCGAUUGACAAGAUCAUGCACACAAAGAAAUGUGACGGCGGUGCUCCCGGGACCCCAGAACUCGAACACGGUACUCCGGUCGACGAGAUCCUUCGACGUGACAAGGACGCCUUGAAAUAUGCUCCGAAGGUCCUCCAAGAUCAGUGGUCCGCCGCGAAAGGCGCUCGUUCGUACUCGACGUCUGCGAGACUCAGACAACAGGAAUUACAGCAACAGGAAUUACAGACUACUACAACAGAGAGCCAGGAGGACCCAUCGGUCACUGCGGUUGCCAAUAUGAUCUCCCGUGCCACAGAAGAGGCGGUUGAGCGAGAAACGGGGCUGAAGUUUCAAAUGCCCCCGCUGCCAUUGCCUAAAACAGAGCAUGUGAAGCAUCGGUACGAUCCGUUGGUGGACCAGUUCACCAAACUGCUCAUGAAGGAUGGGAAAUUGAGUAUUGCCCAGAAGAACAUGGCGUUUAUCCUUGACCAACUUCGCACUGCACCACCGCCUCAGAUCAACCCGAAACGCCGUCUCCUUACUUCCCUGCCGGCUCCCCAACUUCCUCUGAAUCCCGUUCUCUACCUUACAGUCAUUGUGGACUCUGUUGCUCCUCUGAUCAGAAUCCGAAAUCAGAAAGGUAUUGCUGGUGGUGGUGCAGCUAUCCAGGUUCCAGUGCCUUUGGCGAUGCGUCAGAGACGCCGCCACGCUAUCCGAUGGAUCAUCGAUGCGUCUGACCGACGACGGGACAGCAAGUUUGCUCAGCGAGUGGCUAACGAGCUCAUAGCUGUCGCUGAGGGUCGGAGCAGCGUAUGGGACAAGAGGGAGCAGGUGCACAAGAUCGAUCAUCAUGCCAAAUGCGAUCGUCCUGCCCCGCCGGUCAGCAUAGUUCGGCGCUCGUCCGAUGUGCAUGCAAGUGUGAUUUGGCGGUCUGCCGCCGCAGCCGCAGCCCAGACUCGCAAUUCCGGCGACGACGGUCUCGCCUCUCGGACUCCUCGCAGCAAGGACAAGUUCGCGGCCGUGGCUCCUUUACCGGCAGCAUCAUCCCAGAGCAUCGAACUCGUCGAUCUCGAGUCCGUCCCGCCCGCUGACCAGCCCCGUGGGCACCCUUCAUCCCGUUUCCCGGCCGCGGGCGGUGGUGGUGGUACAGCUGAUCGGGCCACUGCGCAUCGUGUCACAAAACGUGGAAUUGGCGGGGGAGACGGUGGUGGUCGCCAGACGUGGCCAGACAGGGAGGAGAAGGACGAGAAGGAGGCUACCUGCAAAGAGUCGGGCGAUAAGGGAACGAGUCGAGUCACCGGUGGUGGUGGAAGAACUGGCCUCAGAAGACAUAUACUCUGGGCCGAAGCUCUCAAACGCUGGCCUCGACUGACGAACGAGGACGAAGCCAACAUGAAGUUCUCCCACAGCAUCCAAUUCAAUGCGGUCCCGGAUUGGAGUGCGCAUUAUAUCGCCUACGAUAAUCUUAAGAAAUUCCUUGAGAAGCAGGUCAAUCUCCCUGACGGCCAUGGCGCCGCAGACGGAGAGUCUGCCCCGCUGCUGGAGGCAACUGUCGAUACCGAUGCGAUCUUCCGGCGGGCGCUGGAUGCGGAGCUGGAGAAGAUCUGCUCCUUCUACCAGGUCAAGGAACUCGCUAUCUUCGGCGAGGUCGAGGACGUCGUGAAGGAGGAGAGUGAAUAUACGCUCAGCACCGAUGGCGUCAAUAUGGAUCCCGUGAGCGAGACCGUGAUCAAGACGCGGACGUUGAGCUUUGGGUCCCGGAGGCGUCCAGGAAGCAUCUUGCACUCGCUGGGAUUGAGGCGCGGUCGACGGGAAAGCGUCGUCAGCGGCUCUGCUGCUGAAGAUGGUGAGGAAGACGACGACGGCGACGGCGACGGCGACGGUGACAGUGAUGAUGAUUCGCACACGGAGGGAACGCAUCGCCGAGGGUCACGAUCCCAUCAGGACCGGUCUGAAGGGAAUCCAAGCGAGUUGGGCGACUCGCGGCUCUGGGGCAAUGGGAGUAGUCGGCCGGCAACCCAUGAUGAGCACUUUGCAGAUCCCCGGUUUCUGGAUCUGUAUAAUGCCGGCGUCGCAUUGAAAAGACGGGCGAUCAGUGUCUACGUCUCUCUCUGCGAGCUGAAGUCCUACAUCCAGCUCAACAAGACGGGCUUUUCCAAGGCGCUGAAGAAGUAUGACAAGAUUCUGGAUCGAAGCUUGCGACGCCCCUACAUGAGCGGGACAGUCUCCCCUGCUUACCCUUUUACGGACUCGACAAUGCAGCGUGUGGACGAAAACAUCUCCCGAAUUGAACAGGUCUACGCGGAUGUCGUCACAAAGGGGAAUCUCUCCCUCGCGAGAAGGGAGCUGCGGCUACAUCUCCGCGAGCAUGUUGUGUGGGAGCGCAACACAGUCUGGAGAGAGAUGAUCGGCAUUGAGAGAAAGGCACAGGCAGCUAACAUGGGAGUCCGUCGGACUCUGCUGGGCGGCGACCACGAUCCCUCGACCGCACAGCGCCAAGGCGAUGAGGAGGUCAAAGUCAAAGCGAAAGAGAUCACCACUCCCUUGGGUCGAUUCUCUGUCCCGGAGUGGCUGUUCAGCUUGUCGUUUCUUUUGCUGGUGGCCAUCGUCAUCACAUUCGGGGUUUUGCUUUCUGUGCCCAUUAUGGAAAAACCCGAGCAGCAGAAUUGCCUGGCAAUGCUGGUUUUUGUGAGCUUGUUGUGGGCUACCGAGGUUAUUCCACUAUUUGUGACGUCCCUGCUCGUUCCUUUCCUGGUGGUGGUGCUGCAGAUUAUGCGAUCGGAUGACCAGCCUCACACGCGCUUGGACCCGGAGACGGCGACCAAGGUCGUGUUCGCGUCGAUGUGGACGCCAGUCAUCAUGCUCCUUCUGGGCGGAUUUACGAUUGCGGCGGCGUUAUCCAAGUAUGACAUUGCGCGUCGGAUGGCCACUUUUGUCCUGAGCAAAGCUGGGACGAGUCCGCGGGUCGUUCUGGUCACGAACAUGUUUGUCAGCAUGUUUUUGAGUAUGUGGAUCAGCAAUGUGGCUGCUCCAGUGCUGUGUUAUUCAAUUAUCCAGCCACUCCUGCGGAAUCUCCCACCCGAGUCGAACUUCUCGAAAGCGCUGGUCUUGGGAAUCGCCCUGGCGGCUAAUAUCGGAGGCGCAGCGUCACCGAUUGCAUCGCCUCAGAACAUUAUUGCCCUCGAGACAUGUACCCGAGCAUCAGCUGGGGGACGUGGUUCUUCGUCGCUCUACCGCCGGGGGACUACGAUUGUGCCCAUUCGACCUGUCAAAGACCGGUUUUCCGGAGUGCAGUGGUUUGUCUCUCUCGUCACGUUGGUGACGAUCGGCUUGUGGUGCGUGAGCCAUCAGCUCCAGGAUACGUUUGGCGACAUGGGAGUGAUUGCGGUCAUUCCGAUGGUGCUUUUCUUCGGCACGGGCAUCCUGACCAAGGAGGACUUUAACAACUUCCUGUGGACGAUCAUCAUCCUCGCCGCGGGGGGUCUGUGUCUCGGUAAAGCGGUGACGUCGUCGGGUCUGUUGCACACGAUCGCCAAGGCCAUCACGGAAGAGGUGGCCGACUUCAGCCUGUAUGGGGUGUUGAUCGUGUUCGCGGGACUGAUCCUGGUGAUUGCGACGUUUAUCUCGCAUACAGUGGCGGCCUUGAUCAUCCUUCCUCUGGUGCAGCAGGUUGGUCUGGGCAUGGAACAUCCUCACCCGAACCUGCUGGUGAUGGCCAGCGCGCUGAUGUGCUCUGUGGCGAUGGGGCUGCCUACGAGUGGUUUUCCCAACAUGAGUAAGUUUGCAUCCUCGUCCACUUAUUCAUUGUAUCAACGGACCCGUGCUAAUCAUAUUCUUUACUUUACAGCCGCUAUUAUGAUGGAGAUUCCCAACACGGGCCAGCGCUACCUCCGAGUCAGCCAUUUCCUGACUCGGGGCAUUCCAGCGAGUUUUAUCUCCUUUGUCGUCGUCGUCACUGUAGGCUAUGGGCUGAUGCGUGUUGCUGGUCUUUGA